GGUGAUAGUCUUCCUUUUGGCGCUUUAUUCUUUCUGCCUCAUCUCGUAUCACCUGUUUUGGGUUCUGUUUUGUUUUGUAAUGUUUACAAUCUGAGAAAUGUGUUAGUUUGAUUUGACGCUCAUAAAAUUUUAAGUGUGGUUUAUCAGUGUAACUGCAUAUAGUGCAAGCCAUGUUCUGAGGGAUAAGUUGUGGUCUAUUUACUAGUUUAAACCCCUUGAUUGCUGAGAUCGUUGGGGAAAAAUAUGCUUAAAGUUGUGGUUUGUAAAAGAAGUAUAAAGUUUUCACAGUUACGCUUAUGUUUCAGUCGUAUUCUUUCCUCUACUGUACCGAUUAACAAUCCUGCUGCCAUUAAAUUCUACUGGAAAUUGGAUGAAAUUAAAGGUUCAGAGAGCUGCUUGUUUUAUAUAUUUCCUAAAACAUGCCAAACUAGUAAUCUUUGGUUUUCAAGAAUUCAGCAGAAACAUCUAUGUUUCACUAGAAAUCUCCAUUUGUCAAAUGUUGUCAGUGAGGUAAAGAAUGGCAAAGAUAAUUCUAAAAUACCUAAAGCAAGUGCGAAAAAUGAAGCUCAACAGGCAUUAUCCAAGAAAAGAAAGGAAGAGAGAAAGAAGAUGGAUUUCUCAAAAUCUUUCACAGAAAGAAAUUUUAUCACUCCGAUCCGAGCUAUGAAUGAGUACCUGCUGAAACCAAGCGACUUGGAAUCAUUGAGAACAAUUACAAGACGUAGCCCAUUUGAAGAUAAUCCUCCUAUUACUGUUUAUCUACGUGGAGAUAUUGAGCAAAAGUCAAUGGAAGUCUGGGGAAGUCAAGAAGCUUUGCAACGUGAACUGAAAAAGCGUCAAGAAGAAGAAGAGCAAUAUAGAAAUAAUAUUUUCCAUGUGAAAAAGAUUUUGAAAGAAUAUUCCCGUUCCACAAUGCAUGAAGAAGAACGUAAGCGUCAAGAAAUGAUCUUGAGGACAUCUGGUAGAGUUGUGAUGACUGCUGUUAUAAUAAAUGCAACCAAUUUCGUUCUGAAGCUUAGUGCCUGGCUCUUUACUGGCUCUCAUAGUAUGUUUGCUGAAGCUAUACAUUCAUUAGCCGAUACUGGUAACCAGCUUCUCUUGACAUAUGGAAUCAGAAAGUCUCUUCAAACUCCUACUCAGUAUCAUCCGUAUGGAUAUCACAAUAUGCGUUAUGUUGCAUCAUUAGUUAGUGGAGUUGGAAUUUUUUUCUUGGGUACUGGAUUGUCAAUUUAUCAUGGCAUAGAUGGAAUAAUACAUCCGAACACAAUGGAGUCCUUGUAUUGGGCAUAUAUUGUUUUAGGAGGUUCUCUUAUUUCUGAAGGAGGUACUCUUGCUGUUGCUGUAAGGGAAACAUUAAGAGGAGCCAAAAGAGAUGGAAUGACUUUUGCUGAAUAUGUUUUACGAGGACAAGAUCCAAGUGUGAAUGUGGUACUCUUGGAAGAUAUUGCUGCUGUUGCUGGAAUAUUCAUAGCAGCUGGCUGUAUGGGGUUGACAUCUUACACUGGUUUACCUAUAUAUGAUGCAGUUGGUUCUUUGGCAGUUGGUGGUGUGCUAGGCCUUGUUGCUUCGUUCAUUAUCUAUUCAAAUACUGCUGCUUUGGUUGGAAGAUCUAUUCAAGCGGAGAGAUUGCAAGAAAUUAAUAAAGAAAUGGAAAAUGAUGUGAUGAUUAGAGCCAUUCAUGAUGUUAAGGCUACAGAUAUGGGUAAUCAUUUUGUCAGAUAUAAAGCUGAAGUUGAUUUUGAUGGUAGACAGCUGACACGUUCAUAUUUGGACUCUCAAGAUUUGACUGCUUUGCUUGAGGAAAUGCAGAAAUUGAAAUCUAUUGAAGAGGUCGAAGCGUUCAUGCUUAAGCAUGGUGAGAGUAUUGUUGAUACAUUAGGAGGGCAAAUUGAUCGGAUUGAAAUGGCUCUAAAAGUAAAAAAAACACCCUGAAGUAAGACAUGUUGAUUUAGAAGUUUUAUGAAUUACUACUUAGAAGAAAAAAAGCUUGUAGAAAUGUAUAUAAUUUAAAUAUAUUUAUUAUAAACCUGUACAGAAGUGACUGGGUGCUACUGCAUUGUAAAUAAAAAAAAAGUAAUGCACAACACAUCUUUGUUUAGUAACCUUUGUUUGUAAUUUAUAAUUUCUAUAUUGUAAAUUGUGUGUUAUUUUAGUAAUAAAAUAUUAUAUACAAAAAAUUUCACAGAGGUCU